AUGCGCCGCGCCGUCGCGAUAGAGGCUUCCGCUAUCCAGAGCGCUCGCUUGGCCUCCACGCGGCGCCGAUGCUCGCGCACGACGGCGUCUUCGUCCUCUUCUUCUUCUACAGAGACGUCGGUGCAACUCAUCGGCGCCGGUCCGGGCGGGGCGGACUCGCUCACGCUCGGCGCCGCGAAGGCGCUCGCACGGUGCGAUGUCGUCGUGCACGACGACCUCGGAGCGUCGUCGUCGAGUGUCUUGGCGCUCGCGACGAAACCGAACGUGGAGUUUGUCAGCGUCGGUAAGCGUGGCGGCGCUGCGCGGUCGUGGACGCAGAAGGACAUCUGUGCGUUGUUAGUGGAGCUGGGCAAGAGUGGAAAGACCGUUGUUCGUCUCAAGGGUGGGUGUCCGUCGACGUUCGCGCGAGUAAGCGAGGAGAUUAAGGCGCUUCGGGACGCUGGCGUGUCGUAUGCCAUGCUGCCAGGAGUGUCAUCAGCGCUCUCUGCGCCGCUGAGCGUGGGAAUACCGCUCACCGAUCGAGAGCUUGGGAGACAUUACAGCGUGUGCGGCGCGCAUGACCCGAGUUCGAUCGAUUUCUCGGCAUUUUCGCGGAUCGACACAUGCGUGUUCUUGAUGGUGGGCAGAACGCUUCCGCUAGUCGUCGAGGCGCUGCAAGGGGACGCUAGAAAGGCGCCCUCGACGCCUUGCUGCGUGAUUCGAAACGGGAUGCAGCCAGAUGAGCGCUCGUGGUUCGGCUCGCUGUGCGACAUCGUGGACAAGACGACGGGCGAGUCCUUAUCGCCGUGCGUCCUCAUCGUCGGCGAAGUCGUCACGCUCGCUUGA